GCUUCCUCUUUCAUUCGUUCUGAAAAUCAUCAAGCUUGAUCUGAAGCCAAGCAUGGAGCCAAACAUUAUUAAUGGUGCAAGAGAUCAUGUUAGGCCGCCUGCAUCAAAGGCUAAUGGAAAGCAAGAUAAACACAUGACGGUCAUAGAGGUAGGUAACGUUGAUGAGAUACAAGUCAUUAAUGAUCUUGUCGGAGGAGGAGAUCAUCACCAUCGAGAUUAUUACAGUCUGCCCUACGUUAACUCUCUCUCCCCUUGGGAGAUGGACUCCCUCACUGCUCUCUGCGACACCUUCUUGCCCUCCAUUGAUGUCACCGACGACGUUACCACCGACGACUCCGUCAUCAAGUUCUACGCCACCUGUGCUUCCAUGGCAGGCACUCCAGAACGUCUAGGGGGAUUGAUAAGCGAGAGACUGGAACACCCAAGAAAGUGGUUGAUCCGAUUAUCGUUAUUCCUGCUAUCGACAUGGAUUGGGACCUUAAUACUAUGCGGAAGAGGGAGCCUUUCAAGCAAGUAUCCAUAUUUUCAUAGAUUUUCUCAGGUAUCCAGGCAGAAACGGGAAGAAAUAGUGCUCUCAUGGUCUCUCAGUUAUAUCUAUACUAUGAGAAUGCUCUUCAGGACCAUGAAGCUUCUCAUUCUAUAUGUUUUCUUCACUCAGGUGGAUGAGAAGAAUGAUAACAUUUCAUGGAAAGCAAUCCGGUAUGCUGGACCAGACCCACAGUUCAAAACCCAAACUCAGCUGUCCAAGACAUCGGAACAAACUGGCUAUGGAGAACAUGAAAAAGAAGAUCAAGGUGGUGGUGUAGAGGACUUUUAUGGACCUCUUUACAGAGGCAUCAUUAAUCUAAAAAACCCUCGGGACAUGAAUGUAGAUACUCUACGACGAUUUGGAUUUCCCACCUCAGUUGUUUGUGGGAAAACCGAUCCUUCCAGCUUGUCUUGUCCUUCUUUGGUCAUCAAAUGUGAUGCAGUUGUGAUUGGUUCUGGCUCGGGUGGUGGCGUUAUUGCUGGUGUUCUGGCAAAGGCAGGAUACAAAGUGCUUGUUUUGGAGAAAGGAAGUUAUUGUGCUAGGAAAAAUCUCUCACUUCUUGAAGGUCCAACUAUGGAUGAGAUGUACCUAUCUGGUGGUUUGAUGGCAACCAUUGAUAUGGGCAUGCUAAUACUUGCAGGUUCAACCGUUGGUGGGGGCUCUGCGAUUAACUGGUCAGCUUCAAUUCGAACCCCUCAGCAUGUGAUUAACGACUGGUGUGACUCCCAUGAGCUAGAAUUAUUUGACAGUGAACUAUACAAAGAAGCCAUGGAUGUUGUCUGUGAAAAAAUGGGAGUUCAAUCUGAAUUCCAUGAUGAAGGAUUUCACAACACGAUAUUGAGACGAGGAUGUCAAGAAUUGGGUUAUCCUGUGAACAACAUACCUCGAAAUUCACAGGCGGAUCAUUACUGUGGUUGGUGCUGUCUUGGCUGCAAGGAUGGAAAAAAGAAAGGUACCUCAGAGACAUGGCUUGUAGACUUGGUAAGUUCAGGCAAUGGUGCAAUUCUUCCUGGUUGUGAGGCUAUCAAAGUAUUGAACAGGAGGAAGAAAGGAAGAUAUCGGAAGACAGCAACUGGAGUUGCUUUCGAGUUUGAACAUAAAGGAGCAAAAGAAAUUUGUGUAGUGGAGUCUAAGGUGACUAUCGUUGCAUGUGGUGCACUCAGUACACCAGAAUUGCUGAGAAAAAGUGGCCUGAAGAAUGAAAACAUUGGAAAGAACUUGCAUCUUCAUCCAGUGGCAAUGGCGUGGGGCCAUUUUCCAGAUACACCUUUGUCCAACGUUUGGCCAAAGGCAGAGAAGAAGAGCUAUGAAGGGGGGAUAAUGACAGCAAUGUCGACCGUUGCUGCAAAUUUUGAUGGGUCUGGUUAUGGUGCAAUAAUACAGACUCCUUCGUUGCACCCCGGUACUUUCUCCAUGCUAAUGCCAUGGGUUUCUUCAACAGAUAUGAGAAGUCGAAUGUGCAGGUUUUCGAGAACUGCCCAUAUAUUUGCAUUAGCAAGGGAUAAAGGUUCAGGAACAGUGCUUUCACCAAAUUCAAUCAGUUACCAAAUGGAAGAAAGUGAUGAAGAGAACCUAAAGAAAGGGCUAGAGAAGGUAUUGAGGAUAUUGGCGGCUGCUGGAGCUGAAGAAAUAGGAACCCAUAACUGCAAAGGAAAGACCUUAAAUGUUAAAAAAGCUAGUUCACAUGAUUUUGAGAAGUUCGUUAAAGAGGAAAGUUCAAGGCGGUUGAACAGGCUUUCGACUCCGCUAUGUUCAGCGCAUCAAAUGGGGAGCUGCAGGAUGGGGGUUGACCCAAAGAAGUCAGUAGUGAACCAGAUGGGGGAGACAUGGGACGUAGAGGGGCUUUUCGUGGCAGACACAAGUGUCUUUCCGACAGCUUUAGGCGUGAACCCUAUGGUCACCGUUCAGGCUAUUGCUUAUUGCACGGCACAGUCUGCUCUUGAAGUUCUCAGGAGGAAGAAGUGCAGAUAACAAUCGACUAAUAAUUCAAAAAUUGAGUGCAUGUGCAUCCUUUGUUGUGUGUGAUAAACUCAGGCGGGUACAUCAUACAUAAGAUGAAGAUAUCUUUUCUUUUCAUGGCUA